ACGUCACGCGCUACUGCAACCACACUUAAACACUCCUUUAAUUUCUUUCAAACUCCAAUUCGUUGAACUGUAAUGCAUGCAAUAGCUGCUAUUGAUAAUUAUGUAAAUGUAAUGUAAUUAGGACAGACGAUUAAUCCACGUGUCUCAGGGGUGGAGACGCGCGCGCCUACAGUCCCCUGAGAGCCGCAGGGCUUCAGACGCUCGCGGGGACCAAACACUCGGAACGAUCAUCAUGACAGCAAACCCCUCCGUCCUGCUGCUGCUCACGACACUGCUGCACACACCGCUGUGUCGCGGUGAAGACGUGCUCGUGAUGUCAGCAGAGCAGGAGAGCCAUAUCCCAGAAUCCUCUGCUGAGCUGAGCGUGGCGCGCAAGCAGAUCCUCUCGGCUCAGUUUGAGUGUUACCUAAAGAUCAUGUAUGAGCCGCCGCACAGAGACCCGGGCCCGUACUGUAACCGCACCUGGGAUGGUUGGCUCUGUUGGGAAGACUCCGCCCCCGGCACCGCCGUCCAGCUCUGUCCCGCCUACUUCCAGGACUUUGACCCAACCGAGAAAGUGACCAAAGUGUGCGACUCGGACGGUCAGUGGUUUCAUCAUCCGGAAAGCAACCGCCUGUGGUCCAAUUACACGCAGUGCUCAGCAUACACUAAACAGAAACUCGAGCUCAUGUUAGUGAAUUACUAUCUGGUGAUGGUGGGACAUGGGCUGUCCAUCAUAUCGCUGUUCAUCUCCAUCUGCAUCUUCUCACACUUCAAGUGUUUGAGCUGCCAGAGAAUCACUCUUCAUAAAAACUUGUUCACCUCCUUCAUCCUGAACUCGUUCGCCACCAUGGCCUGGUUCUACUUAAUCUUUGGAGACCAGAGACAAGACACCAGAAUGGAUUCGUCUCAGAUCGGCUGUAAGCUGCUGGCUAGUAUCAUGCAGUACACCUCCUGCUCCAACUACUUCUGGAUGCUGUGUGAGGGGAUCUACCUGCACACGCUCAUCGUCGUGGCCGUGUUCGUGGGAGAGCAGCAGCUGGUCUGGUAUUACGUCCUCGGCUGGGGUUUCCCAGUGAUCCCUGCGGUCCUGUAUGCUGUAGCCCGUCUGCUCUUCCACGAUGACAAGUGUUGGAUCAUGAAUAUAAACCUGCUGUACAUCAUACACAGCCCCAUACAAGUCGCUCUGCUGGUGAACCUGUUCUUCCUGCUGAACAUCGUGCGGGUGUUGAUCACCAAACUGCGGGUCACUCACUGCAUCGAGACUAACGUCUACAUGAAGGCGGUUCGCGCCACCAUCAUCCUGGUUCCUCUACUGGGUGCUCAGUUCAUCCUGGUGCCGCUGGGGCCCAGCGGACGCGUCUCUCGGGUCAUCUACGAGUUCUUCAUGAACGUCUUCGCCCAUUUCCAGGGUCUCCUGGUGGCUGUAAUCUUCUGCUUCUGUAAUGGAGAGGUGCAGUCUGCGCUGCGGCGUAAGUUUGCACAGUAUCGCGGUCAGUGGAUGUGCCGGCGUCUGGUGACCACUGACUCUCACUGUAACUACCACACAAACUUGUCCAUCACCGAGACCAGCCGCGUCACCAUCGGCCUCGAGCACGGCCCCGCCAACACCAGCGGCACUGAGCACGUACUCAACGGCCAGAGCAACGGCAGCGUCUGCUCCAAGAGCUGCGACGUGCUCGAGUCCACGGAAAUAUGAGCGUCUGUCUCAACAUGCGCACACAAUAUCACCAACACUACACAGCACUCCCAGCUAACACACAUGUUCUAAGAACGGUUUGCUAACAUUCAUAUUAAAGCUGCAGACUGUACGUUUUGCCUCUUUGUCGCCAUCUCUGUUUGAAACCUGCAAUUGCUGUUAUUUGCACAAUUAUCUUCUUUACGUGGGUUCGGCUCCAGCGCGGAUGAAUCUAAUGUUUUGAGAAGUAUGUUUGGCAGUCAGUCACCGCACUGGUGUGGAUCCUGUACUUCGGGAAUCACAGAUUCUAGCCUACGUCUUGGAAUAUAACCCAAAUAAGAAUUUUCACUGGAUAUU